UCUCUUCGGGAAUGUGUGGUCGUAGUGGUUGUGCGUUAAUCGCGCACCGCGAAGGCCGAUUCGGCUUUCUAUUCACGUUUCCGCUCGCUUCCGCUGCGAGAGACGACAGUGCGUCGGAGUGCAGCGGAGAACUCGCGGUGAACGAGUUCACCGCAAUAGAGAGUAAGGAAAGUUGAUAGUUGAAGGUACGGGGGAUCACCGUUACCCGCCAUUGUCGACCGUUACCGUAUGCGUGGGACCACGUCGAAUUUAUCCACGGAUAGAGUCCGACUUGAUUAUGAGAUCGUGACAGUUCUCGACGAUAAUCUACGAUAGAUAUUGUUCGUUCAUUUCUAUUAAUGAGCUAGUCGUCUUCUCGCACGUUACUAAGCUCUCAGAGGAAAAAUGAAGCGAUGGCAGGUGUCAUGAGAACGAGGAGAACAAGUGUUCUUGUGACAUUUCUAGGAUGUUUAUUGUUCCCUUACGCAUACGCGCAAGAAGAUAAUGGCGAAUACAAAGGGAAAUACCUGGGAAAGUUGAAUCCAUAUCAUCAUCAAGUCUCUGGUGACGUCUGGGCUGUGGACCAGUAUACCUUGUUGUUAACUUCGUUUAAUUAUGAUGGUAAUGGAGCUGACACGUUUUUUUGGGCAGGAGCAUCUAACAGGCCAGGACCUCAAGGAUUUAUUGUUCCUGAUGAGUAUGGCAAGACAAAUAUCUUGCUGCGAUACUUUAACAAGGAUUUUACGUUGACUUUGCCAGAUAAUAAGAAAAUAACGGACAUCAAGUGGUUUGCUGUGUACGAUUUAUCGAGCCAGAACACUUUUGGUGAUGUGUACAUUCCGGAAGAGUUCGAUCCACCCGCGCCUCAGAAGAUAUCACAGUUAAGUAGAAGAUCUCAUAAUGUUUCGUCGGAAUCUAUCGUGAUUUUGGACUCAAAAACUAUCAGCAUACCGGAAUUUAUCUAUGAUGGGGAAGGUAUGGAUACGUAUUUUUGGGUCGGUCUUGGCCCACAACCAUCCAGCAAGGGUCAGAAAGUUCCCGACGAAUUCGGAUACAUGGAUUCUCUUAGAACGUACAACAAUGAAAACGUCAUAUUGGAAUUGCCCGGCGAUAUGACUGUUUUCAACAUAGAUUGGCUGAGUGUUUUCGACCUGAAAACUAAAUCAAACUAUGGCUCCGUCAUCAUACCGGAUGGACUCAAUGUGCCGCCGUCGUUGAUCAAAAUCAUUAAGCAAACGCAGUCUCUUCCGAAUUGCGUUCAGUUGCACAAACGCUACCAAGUCGCUUGGGAAAUCUUCGGGCCACAAAUCACUAUCCAAUUGGCAGGUCAAGUCGAUGAAGACGAAUACAUGGCAUUUGGUUUGUCCGGUUCGGAGGAUUCCAGUCGAAUGGAAGGUGCGGACGUAGCCGUCGCGUAUAUGGACGGCACUCGCGGAUACGCUACGGAUUAUAAUAUUACAGCAAAAGCACCAUGUGGGAAAGUUCUCGGCCAGUACAAAGGCGUUUGCAGAGACGAGCUUCUUGGCGGUUUGGACAGUAACCAGCUCUAUACCGCAGUAAGAGAAAAUGGCAUCAACAUCAUCACGUACAGACGUACGCUCAUUCCAUCCGAUCCUGGAGAUAAGGAUUUCCCUACGGAGAAAGCAGUGUAUGUAGUCUGGGCUUUGGGUAGACUCGAUAAAACCAACAACGAGCCCAGCUUUCAUGAUUUGUAUCCGAGGAGCGAUGUAAUGCUAGAAUUAAAUCGCAAAGAGCCAGAGAAUACCUGCAUCGACUUCACAGAGAGUAACAAUAAAUUCUAUGAAAGAGAACCUUGGCAGAAGGCAGAAAUAUUCGACAGAAGUGUUCGAAUCUUCAGAGCGACAAUCGGACCUUCUGGAGGAAAAAGAGGAUAUCAAGGAAUUACGGGUGCACCGUCGGUGGGUCUUGCAUGGUAUAUCGAGGGUACGCUGAUACCUGAAUUAUAUUUACGUCGAGGUUUGACAUACAACUUUCACGUGUACGGCGGUAACAAUCCGCACAGCGCGGAGCUGUAUCAUCCGUUAAUCAUAACCGAUGAGCCUCAUGGCGGGUACGAUACGCUCAGCGAUCUCGCGCAAAGCAAGAUCAGAGUAUUGGCUGGCGUCGAACUGACUAGAAGAGGUCGGCCACGACCCACCGCAGUCGGGCCACUUUGUUUAAGUAAACACCACGGUCGAGACAGGAGACUGGACGACAACUUUCCAUCGUUCAAAAAAUUCAACCGGACCCUCGUGCAAUCUUGCGAACCAGGAGAAAGCGGCAUCUUAGUAAUAAGUCCAAAUUCAUCAUGGCCCGAUCUGGUGUAUUAUCACUCGUUCACACACGCAAACAUGGGAUGGAAGAUUCAUGUAGUCGAUUCUUACACAAGAAACGACGCGAUCACACAUAAAUUAUCAUUUGUCAUUGCAAUCGCGAUUGUGUUUUACCGUUUACUAUAAAAUUAUCUAUAAGAAGCAGGAAAGUAUUGCGGCUCUAGAUUUUUUACGCAUAUAAAAAUCCGUUAAACUAACGUGUCGAUAUAAUCUUUAUGAUAUGAUAGUAAAAAUGAUAAAUCAUUAUGCGUCGCUUAAUUGGAAAAUCAAGAAACUAGCAUGAUGGUUCCUAUAUAUGUUACGUAUAUUAUAAAUUUGUAUUUAGUAAUCAAUUAAUAUCAAAUAAUUUUGAACUGCAAUUAAAAAUAUAUCUUCUCUGUUUUUAAUUUCUGUAAAAAGUGUUCAACUUUUUUAUACUUUUUUAUUUUAUAUUAAAAAUAGAAUGAAUAAAAAGAUAAAAAAGAAUAUCAGACAUCGUUACAUCGUUGUAAUAUCAGUUUAUUUCGUACAUCGUUAAAUGGCCUAAUAAAAUAAUAUGAGCAUACAAAAGAAUGUAUGUUAGAUAUGUGGUAUGUGAUGCGCUACUGUGUUUGCUACUAAAUAAUGAAAAAAAUUGAUUUAUAAGCGUAUUCUUAGUAUUUAUGUACUACUUAAGUAAAAAACCAACUUUACUUAAGUAUAUGACAUAAUGACGAUUUUAAAUCAAUAAAUCUGUUAUGAUUAAAUUUUUGUUUUGGUAAUUGUAAAUUUCUAUAUAUAAAUUAUAUAAUGAGAUAUAUCAUGUGAUUCAUUUAUCAUAUAUUUAUAUCAUGAGGCAUUUUUGUCAAAUAACGUAUCAACCAAUCAAUAUUAAUACCAAUCAUAAACGAUGCAAAUAUGUGUAACAAAUUAUAGCGUACUUUAUAUUAAGUCGAACACGAGACAUAUGAAUAAAGAAAGUAUAAAGAAA